AUGUCGGAAGAAGUAGUGCUCCGUAAGUCAGACGGCUUGUUCUACUGUCCAAGGUGCAUCGUGCAUUACGUCAAUGAGCGCACCUUCCGAGCCCACUGCAAAACCAAGCAUGGCUUGAAAGUGACCCUAUUCAAAAAGAAGUCAAUCGACGAGAAAAAGGCCAAGGCACGGCAACGCAAGCAGCAGCAAAAGGCAGCGCGCGAAGCGUUGCAUCCGAUGGCUGGCAAGACUUUCCGUCUAAAACAGCGUGCACUAUUUACAUUUGCCGUCGCACGCGUCCGUGGGGCUUACCAAGCAGCGAAUUCAAUCGUGAAGAUCGAUGAUUCGACGGUUCCUAGUGCUGGUCGAGGAUUGUUUGCCAACGUGGAUUUGUCUGCUGGUGACAUUUGCACAGUCUAUGACGGAGAAAAGGUGUACGAAGAGCCAACGGAUCAUGACGACACCCCCAUCGACCCCCUAUUGGAUUACUUUAUGGCGAACGCAGGGGGUAGUCCAUGCGAAGUUGAUGUGAUCCGCACGCCGAACCCAUCGCAAGCGAUACCCACCCUCCUUCGCCACAUCUUGUGGCCUGACACUGGCGAAGCAGCUGCUCCUCUGUCACCCCCAUUGCACCCGUUGGCCGAUCUUGUGGAGAACGUAUGGGAGGCUCCACGUGAAGUUGAUGUGCUCCGCACGCCGAGCCUAUCACAUGCGAUACCCGCCCACCUUCGCCACAUCUUGCGGCCUUACACUGGCGAAGCUGCUGCUCCUCUGUCACCCCUAUUGCACCUGUUGGCCGACCUUGUGGAGAACGCAGAGGGUGGCUCGCUCGAAUGUGAUGUGACGGGUACAUCAUCGUACACAUGGUCGACGCUGGCGAAGCAACAACUGUUCCCAUCGUAUGCGUUCGACAACCUCGUGGCAACGUUGGGGACAACGCAGGGGGGGGGGCAUGGGAACUUGACGGGAUCGUCACGUCAUGUCACAUCAUCCCCGUCGGACGCGUUGGCUAGCCUUGUGGACUACACGGUGGAUGGUAUGUGGGAGUUUGAUGUGACCGGUACAUGGGGCGAUGGGGCGUACGACACGCCAGACUUCACUUCCGAGGGUUCUAACGUCGUGGAUACUGCGAAUGACAACACUGGGGACGAAAUAGACCAUGAUGGGGACGAAAUGGGCGACGAUGUCAUCCUUGUUGCUGACUUUAUCACCGGACCCCAGAUGUCGUCACAGGCAAGACAGCACGAAUGGAUUUUGGUUGGCGAGUUCGACACGUACAAUAGUGCCAGAGAUUGCGUAGCGCCAUCAACGACGCACUCCACGAGGAAAUCACGAUGCACCGUGUGCCAAGGCCCUGGCGUGCACGAAAUGUGUGCGCGGUACCUGACUUGUUUUUGUCGGGAACAUUGCUUGAAGCAUUUGAAGCUUCUGUGCUGCUCGGUCAACGGUCGUACCUUGGCGUUCAAACGUGGUCAGUAUGGGGACUGCAGUGCCCCUUCCACCUCCUCGGCGACCUUGGCUAUCCGAAGCCAGGCUGACAGGCUAUUCGCCGAAGGCAUCACCCCAAGCCGAGUACGACAUAGGCUAAAGGAUUCAGUUCCCGCAAGCGCCAUGCCGAACCUGAAGUGGUUUCAAAACCGUGCCCGGUACUAUCGCAUGCGUAAUCUACACGAGCACAGCAAGCCUGUCGAAAUGGCCCGCAUGCUUGCAACAAGCUGGUUCGAUCCCCGGUGUGACGAGACGACGUUUUUCUCCUUCGGGUUCGACUUGGUGCAUGGAGUCCCUCAAAUUGGAUAUGGCGGCGCGUCUGGUGUGUUUAAGGUUGGUAUCACAACGAAGGCACUGCUACGUUGUAUGCAUCGCGACCCGUCCUCGUUUGUGUUUCAUUGGGACGCAACCUACAAGAUCAAUGCUUUGGCCUACCCAGUUCUCAUCUGCGGCAUCACUGACCCUAGUGGCAAAUUUCACCCCGUCGCCUUCUUCUUGAUUGGCCGAGAAUCCGCUGAUGAGUAUGAGUGGGCGAUGAAGCAACUCAUGCCGUGUACGAAACCGUCGUAG